AUCCCUCUCUUCCUGCCGAACAGGAGAUAACUCGGCGCAUGUCAGAGGCAGUGGAAGGGCUUGCACGAGCCAUCCCUUCAGACAUGGAACAGGAGAAGGCCAUGUUGGUGCUAGCAAUGGUCUUAACUAAAAAAAUUGCGAAUACAAUGCCCUCCCUUCUCCAUCGUGUCUUCAGCACCACUGUGAACUACAUCAGCCAGCAGCUCCACAACUACAUUGUCAGAAUGCUGCGUGAGUGA